AUGGAGAAUAUGCUAAGGCAGGCCAUUGUUACUAUCGACUCCUUUCGACCGGUGGCACGGGAGUCGGAAUGGGACAUUGUCGACACCAUUCAACAAGCUGUGGCACUCUCACAACAUCCGGACGCUUUUCAUGAACAGCAAGUACUCGAAAGAUUAACCACUUUUGCAAGGUGGGCUUUGGAGGAGCUGGGGGCUAUUUUUGCGCGCGCGGAAUCGCUCCAGGACGUCAAUCUGAUUAUCGACUUUACCGAACCCGUCUUGUUGGUUGUGCCAAAAGGCCAUACGUUACAUGCGGUCUUUGUGAUGGCACUUUCCCGCGCCUUGUGGCAUCGAUUCUUAUUAAUGGGGUCCCACGGAAACCCGAAUGACUUGAACAGGGCUGUGCAGCUUGGAGAAGAAGCUGUCUUAGCCACGUGCCCAGGGGAGGAGUUGUGGAAUACGGCUGUCUACAUCCUAACUAAAAUUUUACGUCACCGUUACGAACACACAAAGGAUAUACAGUACAUCAAUCGGGCCAUCACCCUGGGUCAAGAGGCGGUGGACAUGAUAUCCGAGGACUGGCCUCCCACGGCCAUGACUCUGUGUGACCUCGCUCUCUCGCUACGUAUGCUGUUCGAGCGCACAUGCGACCUGGACAUCGCCGAGCGUGCCAUUACCAUGGCUGAGUCCGCCGUGAAGAUAGCAAACCCACGGGAGGACUGGGAAAGUAUGGAAGAGGGUUCCAACAUUCUAGUGGUAGUUCUGUGGAGGCGGUUCGAGCAAACAAAGAACACCGAGGAUCUGGACCGCAUAAUCGGCGUUCUCACCGACAAGUUGCCACUGAUCCCAAAGGACAAGACCAACUACAUUGUUAACUUAGGCUGCCUGGUAGGUGCACUGACAGCCCGUUUUCAGCAGGAAGGCGAUGUGGCUGAUCUCGAUGAAAGCAUUCGACACAUAGAGAGUGCGCUGGAGUUAAUGAGCAAGGAAGACGGUGAUCGACCGAAGCAGCUACACAUGCUAGCGAUCCUCCUCCCUUUACGAGCGCAGCACACCGGCGUACUCAGCGAUCUCGACAAUGCCAUUGACUAUGGGCAACAAGCGCUGGACCUUACUGGCCAACGGCGUGAUCCGGAGCGGGUCAUUCGGCUCGCUGUACUCAGCACUUGUCUAGAUUUACGAUUCAAAAUGGGGUCAAAGAACUUGCAAGACAUUGAGCAAGCGAUUGACCUCAACAGACAAGCGGCCGAGGCGGUUGACCACGAUGAUGUUAUGAGGAUGCGCGUGACGUUGGCCAAGGCUCUGUCAGGUCUACUAAUGCAAAAGUACAAGUACGAACAAGAUGGCAAGGUUGAGGACUUGGAUGAGGCCAUCAAGGUUCUUAGACAGGCUCUUCAAGGGGGUCUCUCAGAUCCCGAGAGAGGAGAAUUGGAAUUCAAUUUGGGGCACGCGCUGCUUGAGCGAUCUCGCCACACAGGCGACACUACGAAUUUGGCGAAAUCCAGAGAAGCCUUCCAGCGAGCAUGGGCCUGUCAGAAUGCUCCACUUGCGGUUCGAAUCGAUGCUGCAAUUCGGGCUGGCGAGCUUGCGGCAACUUGGGCUGAGUCGCUCAAGCGUCUCAAUUCCCCUGAUUUAUCGAUGUUACUCGAAGAUCUCUGGACGGAAGUCUCAACGGACCUCGACAAUGCCGUUAGUUUUCUCCACGCUGUGAGCCCCCGACAUAUGCAGAAUGUCAACAAGCAGGAAAGGCUAAAGAAAUUUGCUGGCGUCGGGGCCGCCGCCGCCGCCGCUGCCUUGAAUGCAAGGAAGGAGGCCUCGUAUGCCUUGCAGCAGCUGGAGCUCGGGAGAGGCAUCAUCUCGGGCCUUGUUCUUGAUCUGCGGGCCGACCUGUCAUUCCUCCGAGAGGAACACCGAGAAUGGGCGGAUGAGCUUUCCAAACUCCGCAACAUUUUGGAUUCUGGCCAUGACAAUCUGGUGACUCUACCACCAAUGGGGGGAUCGCGGGAGUCUGGUGCACAAACCCGCCGGCAAGCGGUGAAGGACUUGGAAUCCCUUCUCACGAAAAUCCGCAGCGAUAAAGGUUUUGAGCAAUUUUUGAUGCCGCCUACCGUUGAGCAGCUCAUGGAAGCGGCUGACCCGGACCCUGCCGUCGUGGUGAACGUGUCUUCGUUGCGGUGCGAUGCGUUUAUUGUUGAAAAGCACCGAAUCAGGCUGCUGGAGCUUCCCCUUUUGAGCCAGGAAGACAUCCACGCAAAUGUCAAGCGACUGAAGGACGGUCCCGAUUCACUGCCGUCGGUGUUGGAGUGGUUAUGGUCCUCGGCCGUGCAUCCCAUUCUCGACGCACUUGGUUUCGACCGCCCUCUCUCUCUGCAGGACAAUUCAUGGCCGCACAUUUGGUGGAUACCGGUCGGUCCCCUCAGCAGUUUGCCACUUCAUGCCGCUGGAUACCACACCAGGCACUCUGGAGAAACAGCUCUUGAUCGGGUCAUGUCGUCGUACAGCUUAUCGCUUAAGUCUCUGCUCGCAGGCCGUCGCCAGAGGAAGCCGCAGUAUGAUUCCGGCCCAAUCAACGCCUUGUUGGUUUCCAUGAAGAGCACACCACAUCGUUCCCCGCUGCAGCACGCAGAGGUCGAGGUCGACAUGCUAGAGAAACUCUGUCCGGCGCUGAAUGCGACCGCGAUUCGGCCAGUCCAGCACAAAAAAGACAUCUUGACACAGCUCAGCCAAUGUGAUAUCUUCCACUUUGCGGGGCACGGCACGUCGGAUGCUUCAGAUCCCUCCCAGAGCGCGCUUCUACUCCGCGAUUGGGAGGAAAACCCGCUGACGGUGGAAGACCUCCGCAACAAGAAGCUGCAGGAGAAGCCACCAUUUCUUGCCUAUCUCUCUGCCUGUUCCACGGGGGCAAACGAGGUUCUCGAGUUGGUGGAUGAAGGGAUCCAUCUCGGUUAUGCCUGCCAGCUUGCGGGUUUCCGUCACGUUGUAGGCACCCUGUGGGCUGUGUCCGACCCCGUUUGUGCUGACGUGGCCCGGAAGUUCUAUGAGACCAUCCGCGAUGAGGGUAAGACAGAUGAAGCCGUCUAUCGCGGACUUCACCGAGCGUUGAGGGAGUCACGAGACGGUCAGGUUGGCGCGAAUACCCGCGGUUCUGGCACUGACGCUACUAAGGCUAGAGCUCUAGAUGACAAGGGAAACGAGAUAGCCGUACCACGUGGGGAGGCUCUCAAUGAUGGAGGUCACACUGCGCAGAGAUCAGGGCCGAGAAAGGGAGAGGGAGUGGGAUAUGAACCGAAACCGUCCAUGGAAUCGCUUUGGGUCCCUUUUGUUCACUUUGGUGUCUGA